AUGUCCGACGAGCAGACAUUCCCUCCGUUCCCGCGCCUACCCAUCGAGGUCAGACGCCUAAUCUGGGUGCGCGCUCUGCCGCGGGGUCGGAUCCAGCUCUUUGCGAAGAACGUCCCGUGGGAGGACUGGCGCCUCUUCCCACCCACCAUCGCUCACGUGUGUCGUGAAGCCCGGGAGGUCGUCAUGAACCAUGCUGUGGUGCGCGGCUUCCCGACUGCGCGCGACAAGCACAACGAGACCUGGUUCAUCGGAUCAAGCGACAUCCUCGAGCUGGCCAGCGGCUUCCCCUACCCCUUGUCGAACCCGGAGCCCUUCUUUGCCUCGGCAGAGGCCCUAGCCAUCAACUCUGGAGAUUUCGAGGGCGAUGUUCGGGCCGUUAUCAAGGACCUCAUUGAGGGCACGCGAUUCCACAGUGUUAAGGUGGUCUACCUGAUCGUCGACCAGAUCAGCACUGCGUAUUGGCCCAAGUUCCGACCCGACAUGACUGAGAAGGACAAGGGCAAAGGAACCAUUCUUGACUUGUGCGACAAGAGCGAUAUGAGGAAGAUUGAAGACUAUAAAGUCUGGGCGGGCUACCAGGAGAUGGCUCCCUCGAUUCCCCGACGCGAAGAUGUCGAGUUCGCCUUGAGGACGAGCCUAGACACAACGAUCAUGGAGGAACUCCAGGCCUACCAGGACAGGAUGGCACUGAUACACCCUAUUGGCACGAAUGGACCAGUAACGCGACAGAGGUCCCGACCGAGUACGGUGCUCUCUCAAGAUCACCCGUGGGUACAGCAGCAAUGGAGGCGAUUACCAGAGUUUCGGCCUGCGAUACUGGUGCUAGGGUGGACCUAG